AUGCGCAUUCCCAACGCGCCAUAUACACGCUUGUCCUCGUCCAGAGCUAUUCCUUCCUUCUCCCCUCCCCGGUACUCUCUCUCCCGAUCUUCUGUCCUCUGGCAUGGCCCCCGCCCCCUCUUCCGCAGUAACCAAGAAGAAGAAGCAAAACAAUCACCUCCGACGCCCCCGACAAAACGUCCCACUCAGCUCUUCGGCCUCCUUGUCAAGGCGAGGGUUUCGUAUGCACGAAAGCUCAUUACGAGCACGAAGCAUGCUCGGAUGAGAGCCCUUGUCGACUUCGAGACCAUGCCACCGUCCAUCUCCGCUGCCCUCACUCCCCCGCCCGUGUUUACGAACGCCGACGCCGGCCCGUCUCGUCUCGAGAAUCGUGUACCCCAGGAUUUUACAGCCCCAAAGGGCUCCGGCUCGCCGCCUGCUGACGAGGAUGCUAGCCUGGGCGCUGGGGACAUGUCAUUCACCGAUGAUUUCGUCCAGGAAGCUGAGCAGGUGCCGAGAGUCGAUGAAUUUGAUCAAAGAAUGCGAUCUAGCUCUCUCACGUCGAGCUAUGACAGCGUCCCCGCAUCCGGCCAGUCGAUCCCAAUCACGACCGGACGUCGUCCGUCAGAUACUUCCCUUCCUGCAUUCAAGACCGAAUACCACCCGAAAUCCGGCCGCCCCACCCGUUUCUAUUCGUACGAAGAGUUCCGUCGCCCGGUCCAGCAGCAGGUCUUCGAAAAGGAUGAACAUCCUUGGAGACCGUUUCGCAGCCACGCUGACUACGAGCUGGCAUCUAUUGCGGUGGACGCGCAGAUGUCGGAUUCACUGGUGAGGCGGCUUCUCGAACUCGUGAAGGGCGUCAAAAGUGGACAAGCCAAUGUCACCUUCGAGUCGGUCAAAAACGUUCGGGACGCAUGCGACACGGCUACCAAUACCUUCACUCCUUUCGAACUUCACGAUGUUGUGAUUAACUAUAAAGGAGAAGACCUUCAUCAUGAUUUCUACGGGCGGGAUAUGUUCGACUGGGCCCUAGAUUUACUCGAAAACGAGGCCCUCGCGCCUCACUUCGUCUGGGACGCUCAACGACACUACAAAUACAAUGGAUCCGAAUAUGUACGCUUCAUCGACGAACCAUGGUCAGCAGACCGCUGGUGGGCCAUCCAGGAAGAUCUCCCCAAACUCGGCGACCAUCCGGCCGCACCGCUCGCCUUUGUCUUGUACGCUGACAAGACAAGGUUAUCGAGCGCUGGGAACGUACAGGGUUACCCUGUCGUUGCGAGGUGUGCAAACUUGCCGGCGGACAUUCGCAAUGGGAAAGGGUCUGGUGGUGGAUAUGUAGUCGGAUGGCUUCCGAUUGUGGAAGACAACUCUGAAGAAGACGGGACGCUCGCAUAUACAACACUGAAACGAGUGUUAUGGCACGACUCGGUGCGGAAGCUGUUCGAAAACGCCCAAGAUAGUUCCAAAAACGGCUUCUUCUACGAGAAGUGUCACGACGGAAUCCCUCGAUGGCUUUACUUCACUAUUCUCAUUCUGUCCGCUGAUUACGAGGAGCAAACUACCAUGGUACUUAAUCGUGGUGCGGGUGGAAACCAUCCUUGUCCAGUGUGUCUCGUGCCCAAGAAGCAGCAGCACGACCUAUCCCAACACUUCCCUCGACGCUCGGAGGCAGAAACCCAAGCGGUAGUGGUCCAGUAUAAUCAGCCUAACAUAGACCCAGCCGAAAAACGGCGACUAGGAGCCCGCCUCGACGAGCUGAGCAUCCAUCAGGAAAACAGCGGGCUCCUUAUCAAGUACUUUUUAGUGCUUAUCGCUUUUUCAGCGUUAUUCAAGCACGAAAUAAGGACAGU